AUGUCUGGUGCCUCUGGUUCAUCAGGAAGUGGUACCGGUCGUGGUCGAGGAAGCACAGUCUCAGAUAAACCAGAUUCAAAAGAAAACAAACCAAACCCAAAGAUGUCAAAGGCCCUGGGAACGUCGGCAAAACGGAUUCAAAAAGAGCUUGCUGAAAUAACAUUAGAUCCCCCUCCGAAUUGUAGUGCAGGGCCUAAGGGUGAUAAUUUGUAUGAGUGGGUUUCUACGAUCUUGGGCCCCCCUGGAUCAGUGUAUGAGGGUGGAGUGUUCUUCCUCGAUAUUCAUUUCUCACCUGAGUAUCCCUUUAAACCUCCAAAGGUUACCUUCAGAACGAGAAUUUACCACUGCAACAUAAAUAGUCAAGGUGUGAUAUGCCUGGAUAUCCUAAAGGACAACUGGUCACCGGCGCUCACUAUAUCUAAAGUACUGCUCUCCAUCUGCUCAUUGCUUACCGACUGUAAUCCAGCGGAUCCUCUGGUAGGCAGCAUUGCAACUCAAUAUCUACAGAAUAGAGAAGAGCACGAUCGCAUUGCGCGCCUCUGGACUAAGCGUUACGCGACAUGA